AUGCUGGUGACGGACAACGGCAUGGGAGCUGCGGCCGAAUCGUUUCGUCGAGCGCUGCGACAAGCACGACACCCUAUUGCACUUGCUGGAGCAGGUCUCAGCGCUGCUAGCGGCAUCCCAACGUUUCGAGGAGCUGGAGGGCUGUGGCGCCAACACGAUGCCUUCUCGCUAGCAACACCUGAGGCCUUCCGUAGAGACGCGAGCAAGGUCUGGCAGUUCUAUCACUACCGUCGAUCGGUCGUGCUCUCCGCUGAGCCGAAUGCUGCCCAUCUGAGCUUGGCACGGCUGCUGCUCGACCCAGCAGAGCGCAGCCGCACCAUGCCCAGCGCUCAGUCGUUCCACCUGAUCACGCAGAACGUCGAUGGCUUGUCCGGUCGGGCCUUGCAGCAGGUUCCGUCGGCACAGGAUGACGCAGCUCUCGACGCGGCGAGGGAGGCGAUCAUCGAGAUGCACGGCAACCUGUUCAAAACGAUCUGUACAAUUUGUGGGGACUCGCGCGUGGAUCUGCGCCAGCCUCUGAGCGAGGGUCUUCGAGGCGCGGAGGAUGUUUCGGGCGAGUACAGGGCAAUUGCAAAGGAGCGUCUGCCAAAGUGCACGGUGCAAGAGUGCAGCGGGCUGCUUCGACCUGGGGUCGUGUGGUUCGGCGAGUCGAUCCCGGAACUCGACCGCAUCCAGCCGCUCGUGGCUCGUUGUGAUCUCAUCCUUGUCCUCGGCACCUCGGCCACUGUAUACCCUGCCGCUGGCUUUGCCGAUAUCGUCAAGCAUUCCAACCACGGUCAGGUGGCUGUCUUCAACGUCGACAACCCUUCUGCUUCUGAACAUGAUGUGGACUGGUACUUUUCCGGUCCUGUCGAGAGCAUCCUCCCCGAUGUGCUUGGACCGUAG